ACGGUGCGCAUGUGUGAUGAACUCCUCAGUCGGUGAGGGUGGGUGUGUCUGUGUUAGUUUAAGAACUAUAGGUUAUUGUGUGUAGCGUAGCUCAUGUGUAUGUGUUGUCGUGGUUAUGUAGUGAGGGUCACCCCUUAUGUUUAGUUGUGCAAUCACCUUACCCACCUUACCGGUUGAUUCUGUAUGUAGAACUGGUCAGUCCAGUUUUAGGCUAGUUGUAUACAAGGUAGCUGCGACUGGGUGUUAGUGUGUUCUCUCUCUAUGAUCUAAUUACUAGUAUUAUAUGUGGUAUUGCGAGUUGGCCAGUGAGGGCCCGAGGCGGGUUCGUGACAGCAUGGUGUUGGCUUCCAAUGCAGCUGAUACCAGCCUCGAGGAUAUGGCGCAGCUCGCCGACAGAAUAAUUGUCCACAGUGCAGCACUUUCAUCUGUGUCUCCAGCUCAAGACGAGGUAAAAGCACUCCGGACCGAGAUUGACAGACAGAAGGAGCUGGUAACUUCUCUCGUCUCUCGGCCUCGUUCAUGUCAACCUUCGCCAUCU